AUGUCCUGCUCACAUCUCGAGUCUCUUGGACUCGCUCCUCCGACACCCGCUCAAUCUGUUUACCGAGAAGACUGUACCCAGUGCUUUGAUUCUAUCGAUGAUCCAGCUGGCCUUGAUGUUUGUCUUCAGUGUUUCAACGGCGGCUGUGCUGGUGAUCGCCUGCAUUCGAAGCUCCACAACUCGCUCCGAAGUCACCCUCUGUCCCUCAACAUACGUCGAUCUCGAAAGGUCGUCACCCGAGAUGAGCCUCCCGCCAAAAUGUCAAAGCUCGCUAUUGCUGCCGAGACUGAAGAAGAUCGAUAUAGUACCGCUCUUGCCGCGAAAUGCCUCGAAUGCAAUACCGAUUUGGAUAUCACGAACCCAAAGCUGGCAUCAGUUGUAGACGUUAUCAUGAAAGCAAACACCUUUUCACGCAAGGAAGAAGUCAAAGCCUGGGAGCAGGAACUCACCAGCUGCGAACACGUCUUGUUGAUGCAGCAACACGAUUCCCGUACCAUUGAACAGGGUGAACUUGGCCAUUGCUCAGCCUGCGACUUGCGGGAAAAUCUAUGGCUGUGCUUGGAAUGUGGUAACUUGGGCUGUGGCCGUAAGCAGUUGGGGGGCGUAGAUGGAAACUCCCAUGCCCUUGCCCACGCCACUGAAUCCGGCCACGGUGUGGCUGUCAAGUUGGGGUCCAUCACACCUGAAGGCACGGCCGACAUUUACUGUUACAAAUGCGAUGACGAACGGAUCGACGACAAGCUUGGAGAGCACUUGGCCCACUGGGGAAUCAUGCUUGCCGAGAGGCAAAAGACGGAGAAGAGCUUGACGGAGAUGCAGAUUGAGCAGAACCUCAAGUGGGAUUUCAGCAUGACAACCGAGGACGGGAAAGAGCUUCAGCCAUUGUUCGGUCCUGGUUUGACAGGUCUCAAAAACUUGGGAAACAGUUGUUAUCUGGCGAGCAUCAUCCAGUGCCUUUUCGACAUGCCCGUAUUUCGUGAUCGCUACUUUCGACCAAACGAUGCCCUACCUGUCGUAGAAGAACCCGCGGCAGAUCUCGAGACUCAGCUGCGGAAAAUGGGCGACGGUCUGUGGUCGGGCCGCUAUUCCAAGCCAGAUGCAGAAUUAUCCGCAGAAUCACACAUCAACCACCAAAAGGGGCUCGCGCCCGCCAUGUUGAAGCACCUAAUUGGACGUGGGCAUGAGGAGUUCUCGACCAUGCGACAACAAGAUGCAUUCGAGCUUCUGCAACAUCUUUUCAAGCUUAUUACUAGAUCGCAACACCCUGGUGGCCUCCAAGAUCCAACUACGCCAUUCAAGUUUGUCCUGGAACAAAGACUACAAUGUCUGGGGUGCAACAAAGUCAGAUAUAGCGCAAACGAGCAGGACAGUGUCUUUAUCGAUGUUCCUCUGGAGAAGCUCCCAGCUAGUCAAGGAGCAGAAGAUGCUGGGGACAAGUACAAGCCGGUUACACUCAAGGAAUGCCUUGAUAACUUGACUGCAGCCGAAAAAGUUGAGCUGACCUGCUCAGCAUGUGGAAGCACCGCCGGCUUCAGCAAGCAAUCGCUUUUCAAAACCUUCCCACAAAUUCUUGUUGUCAACGCUCGCAAAAUGACGGUCGUCAACUGGGUUCCCAUCAAGGUAGAUGUCCCAGUCAUUGUACCCGAUGAGCCCUUCUUACUCGACAGCUACGUGUCAAAGGGCCUGCAACCCUCGGAAGAGCCGCUGCCAGACGAGCCGGAAACCGCAGCCCCAGUAUUUGUUCCAGACGCUGCUGCAAUAGCCCAGCUAGAAGGCAUGGGAUUUCCUCGAAACCGAUGCGAGAGAGCGUUGCAUGCAACCGGAAACUCGGAUGCUAAUGCUGCCAUGGAAUGGCUCUUCGGACACAUGGAUGAUGCUGAUAUUGACGCUCCACUUGACCUUGGUGGUUCUGGGGGACAUGCUGCCAGCUCCGCCGAUCCUGAAAAGAUUGAAAUGCUCGGGGCCAUGGGCUUUGGUGCUCCACAGGCGAGGAAAGCACUAAAAGAAACUGGCGGCGAUGUUGAGCGUGCAGUUGAGUGGCUUUUUAGUCAUCCAGAUGAUCAAGGCAUUUUCGACGACGGGGAUGGCUCUGGCGUCAGUGGACAGGACCAGGCUGCCAUCAAGGAACCCGCCGGUAGCACGACACUCCCAGCACAAUUCCAACUGCAGUCAAUCGUUUGCCACAAAGGAACCAGCAUUCAUGCCGGACACUAUGUGGCGUUUAUCCGGAAAGAGCUUGAGGGUGGAUCGGCGCCUAACUGGGUGCUCUUCAACGAUGAAAAGGUCGUGGCGGCCACUGACAUUGACGAAAUGCGCAAAUUUGCGUAUGUCUACUUUUUUAAGAGGGCGUAA